CAUUGCAUCCAGUUGCUGCCUGAUUGUGCACCCCGUUCUGUGGAUUACUUCAUCGAGCUCCUGGGCUUGCACAACUGUGCCGGGUGCAGAUUCUAUCGUGCCGAAGGCCGUGGGCAUCUGUGGGAUGCACAAGGCGACAGCAUAAAAAAUGCUGCAUCUGGUCCACCAUAUGGGCUGCUUCAAGGGACACUGGAAGUGGACGGCGUAGCCUUCAAGGAGAUACCGAGAGAAGGGUGCUCGGCGGUGAGAAGAGGAUCCGUGGCGUGGGUGGGGUCAGGGCCAGAGUUCCUGAUCAGCCUGGCAAACCACGAGGAGUGGAGGGACGCCUACACGGUGUUUGGGUCCGUGGUGCCGCAGGACAUGGCUCUCGCCGAGGAGAUGGCGACGCUGCCAACCACGACCGAUGUGUGGAGCAAUGUGACCGUGAGGCUGCUGAAGGACCCCGUGUAUUUCAAGGUGAAGCGAAAGAGCAAUGCUAGCGCCGUGUUGCCCUUUUGAAUUCAUUGUUGAUUUUCUUCUUUGUUUCGUACUACCGGCAACGAAGAGGAAUGGGGACUAGAUGAGAAUCAGACACAUUGUGUAGCAAAAUACAUUCCAAAAUAUUAAAGCAGGAAUUAUGUGUAAAGAGAGGAAAAAAUAGAGGAUGUUUGGAAAGAGAAAGAUUUCACCUGUUAUUUGUUACCUGUCAGCAAGCCAUUUCAUGAUCUUGUUUUCUUAGUUUAUGCUUGAUUUGAUGUAUUAUCUGUCAAGGAAUGCGUGUUCUAAAUUCUAAUGUUGACCUCCUGUGUCUUUA